GCCCAACAAUAUGGCUUGCUGCCUCUGCCAGAUGAAAGAGAAUAUUGAAAUUCUGUGUAAGACAAUCAAGUUACACUGUGAACAUUUGUGUGCCACCAACUCCUCCCUGUGCGUUCAUGAAGAACCUUUAGAAAAGAUGCAAGAGGAAUUAAUGCAAGUGUUACAGUCCAGGAAACUGAAUGCCAGCAUUGUGUUAAAUCUUGAGCCUGAGGAACCUUUACUCACCCACAGUGAUAAUGAAAUCACAAUGCUCACAGAUAGCCAGUAUCAACCUAAGAUAGAUAUUAAUCUUAAUAAGUCAGAUCUUCUUCCUGGAAUAAAUUACUUUUUCUUUAAACACCUGACCAAGAAGGGAGAAAUAAACAAUGUAGGACUGACCGUCCUGCCAUAUUUUAAACUGUUUAAUUUUAAUUUACACAAAGGAAAAGUUACCCCAGGCCCUUUCAAACUUCCUGCAGCUCAGUCGAAUAUGUUGGCAUUGACUGACUUUCAGCACGUGGACUGGGCCAAUGAAAGUGAAUUGAGGAAACUCUAUAUUUUGGCGAACUUGCUAGCAAUAGAACUCCAAGAAAAAAUAUACAAUGCUGAAAAUGGCAAUGGUGCAAACAAGAUCAAAUCUGUGCUCAAGUCAUUCUUGACAAUUCCUGCCAUGCACAAAAGCCAAGCACACAGAACUGAGCGGCAAACUCCAGCAAAGCCUGGGCGUCUGAGAGAACAUUUAAAAACCAGAGGGAUGUGUAGGGAACUUGCAGAGCAAUGCGACAAGGUUUUAUCCAGAAACACACAUGGAAGGAAGAAAACUCCAGAGAGAACAAAGGAAUGUGUGGAUUAUAUGAUGAAAUGUACAAGGGAAGGGAAGGAAAAACAAUCAAAGAAGAUGAAAAGAGAGACCCUGCAAGCUAAAAAAGAGAGAAGCAAAGGAACAGUUUGCUGUUUUAGCAGAAAAAGAAGAGAAACUAAGAAGGCAUUUAAGAGUCAGAUGCAAAAGCAAAGUGACUUAGAUUUGCACCGUGUGGCACAAAGCAGGAAGAAAGUGGCUAGGAGUUUAAAUCCCUCUAGCACAAUUUCUGUCUUCAGACAUCACAAAAUAUCCAUUCCCUCCUCCCAGAGACAUUCUCUUCCACACUUGCCCACACAGGCCUCUCACUUGACUGUCUCAUUUAAGGUUGAAAACAAUUCUGAUGACUUAACAGGUAAAAUCAUUAUUUUCUUGGAACAUGACAAUAAAACUGGUAGGAAGAAAGAUCUGGACGCUCUAAAGGCAAAGCAUGCACCCCUUAGAGAACCUAAAAAAGUUCUUAUUUUCAGAAAACAUGGCCAGAAAGGGAGCCCGCAUUUCAGUAGAAACAAUCAUCUUUUCCAGAAGGCAUUUCAUCGAGUGAAUUCAGAUGUAAGCCACCUGGUAGUGGAAAGAAAACAGAAGCACAGGAUGAAUAGUAAAGAAGGUGUAGUCAAUAGGUUAUCACACAGAAAGAGUGCUGCUUUGACUGAUCCUCUCUUGGAGAACCCAUCAGAAAACAAAGACUCUUCGCUGGAUGAUAUCUUACCCAGCAUACUCCAAGCCAAUGAAACACACUGGAAGCAUCAAAAAGAGAGCUCUGGUUUUCCAUAUGCACUUAGUGGUUCAUCAUCCCCAGAUAAUUACUCUGUUCAAGGAGACCUGUUUGAAGCUGAGCUGAAUAAUCGAUUGCACUCCCUCAUCCCAAACCAAGCUGUGAGAAACCUCAUCUCCCAUGUGAUCCGAACCCUGAAAAUGGACUGCACUGAGCCCAGGGUGCAGCUGGCCUGUGCGAAGCUCAUCUCUAAGACAGGCCUGCUCAUGAAACUGUUCAGUGAGAGAGAAGAUAUCAAAGAAACCUCCUCUUUGUGGCAAACGUACCUCUGGGAAAACGGGAAUGUGCCCAACAAAAGUGCCCACCAGAGGAAAGCCAGCAAGAAAGAUUCAGAGGAGUUAUCCCCAGAGCCUCCCCAAUACAGCUACGGCAACAAGCUGCUGCUGGCGAUAUCGGUGACGGUGGUUAUAAUGAUUAUUAUUGCAGUGAUUUGUCUCAUCGAGAUUUGUUCCCAGAGAUCCACAGCAUCUUCUCAAUCAACACAUGAUAACAAACCACAGUCCAUAUGGUCGUUUCAGAAACUCUCCCGAGAGAGAAAGAGCAAAAUCUCUUCUGAAGCGAUCCAUCAGGUCCCUGGUGUAUCAGAGUCUUCAAGUAUGGAGAAACCGCUUUGGCUUAGAGACAUGUAUCUCCCACUGGAUUCUAUACGUAAAAAAUCCAUGGCCCAGAAGUUAUAUGACAGAGACUCCUCGGAUGAGGAAGAAAUUUUCAACAGGGCUGAUGUAAGGUAAAGCAGGGAAUAUUAGCAAUGCCUAGAGUUAUCACUGCAUUUCCCCUUGAGCUCCUGCUUUGGAGCCAAAUCAUCCCGCACCCAUGCAGGGACUAGGAGGCUCUGGGACUUCCCCUUUGCUCAUUUGCCAUCAGAUCAUCCCUGAAGAUGUCCCCUGAUGCACUGGGAGAGUGGCCAUCUUGGGGCAGCUCCCUAGGACAGUUGCCUUUGCCCAUCCUCAAAGCCAUAUUGCAGUGCCCCGCUCCACAUGUGAUCCAGAGCCCCCAUGGGCCUGAAGAGAGAACACAACAGAGAACUGCUAUCUCCUCAGGCCGACCCUUCACGUUCCUCACCAGCCCCAUGUGAGCGGGGGCAGAGCACAGGGGCUUUAGUCCUUUUCAGAGGAUAACCCAUUUUCAUCUAAACGUUGUCAUUACAACUGGCUUGUUGCCAUGGUGCUCAGCUUCUAUCUCCAUGUCUCAGUAAUCAGAUAAGGGUUUCCAUGGGACUUUCUCUUCUACAAGGAUGAGAACAAGCCACUGAGAUGCUAGAUAUAUAUGAGCAGUUGUUCAGUUACGCCUGCUUUCGGCUGGCUAGGGCCAAGGCCUGCAAGAUCUCUCUUUUACUGUCAGUGGGGUACACAAUUUGAGCUGUAGCUCUGAUCCAGCAAAGCCCUUACACAGCUGCUGAAGUCAGUGAGACUAAGGCCCAAGCCCUCAAAGAUAUUUAGGAGACUAACUCCCAGGAGAGUCAGGUGCCUAAAUACCUUGAGGAUCUGGGCCUUAGCCCACAACUUUGCUGGAUCAAGGCCUUAGGUCCUGAUCCAAAGCUCAUUGGACUUUGAAUCAGACCCUUCCAGAGCUUUUAUCCUGCAUAGAGAGAGCUCCUAAAGCUGAAUUCAGCUCCAGGAGCAGUGCUGCCUUUUACAUCAGUAUCAUUACACAAUGCACAUACAGAUGAAGUGGCUGCACUUGAAGAGGGGAGCUGAACAGUUUUUAGUCUCCCGUAGUGGCAGCCCUGUGUCAUACUCUGAUAUUUAGGUAACAGAAGGAAGAAAAUAUUGCUGUGCAUUAAAUGAAAAUCCAGCUUUUCCUGUAACUAGACAGAAACUUUUUAAAUCUUUCCAUGUUUGUCUUUUCCUAUUUAGAAGACAAUAUGAGUGGUCGUCCAGCAAAGAAAGCUACUAACUUGUAUUUUUGUGACUACUACUGUAUAUCAAGAGUACUGUAUAAAGUUAUAAUGCUGCUCUGUGUUACAUAGAUAAAACGGGAAGCCAUCCUUUCUGUUGCCUUCAGAACUGAUGAU